AUGUGUGAUAUCUACAUAGCGGUUGUGUGUUCUUCGAACAUGAACCGAAGUAUGGAGGCUCAUGCAUUUCUGGCGAAGAAAGGCUUCAAAGUAAAGUCUUAUGGCACAGGAGAAAAGGUUAAGUUACCAGGUGCUUCUGCAGAUCGACCGAAUUGUUAUGAAUUUGGAGUCCCAUACGACGACAUUUACAACGAUUUGUUGGAGAAGGACAAAGUAUACUAUACACAAAAUGGCAUUCUACAUAUGUUAGAUAGAAACAGAAGAAUCAAACCCAGUCCAGAGAAGUUUCAGAUAUCAACAGAGAGAUUUGAUGUUAUAAUUACAUGUGAAGAAAGGGUGUAUGACCAAGUUAUAGAGUGGUUUGGAUCAAGGAGGUCAGUGUAUAACCAGCCAGUCCAUGUUGUGAAUAUGGACAUACAAGACAACCACGAGGAAGCAACUAUUGGUGCAUUUUUGAUAAGUGACAUGGUCACUAAGAUGGCUCAAAGUGAUGAUUUAGAUAAUGAUAUUGAUGAACUAUUACAUGAGUUUGAAGGAAAAUGUCACCGGCCAAUUCUUAAUUGUAUAAUGUUUUACUAA